CCAUUGUGCCAACUCCCCAUCCCAACGCUCCUUGUCCUCAGCCAUUGUGCAGACUCCCCACCCCAACACUCCUUGUCCUCAGCCAUUGUGCAGACACCCCACCCCAACACUCCUUGUCCUCAGCCAUUGUGCUGACUCCCCACCCCAACACUCCUUGUCCUCAGCCAUUGUGUCGACUCCCCACCCCAACACUCCUUGUCCUCAGCCAUUGUGCCGACUCCCCGCUCCAACACUCCUUGUCCUCAGCCAUUGUGCCGACUCCCCAUCCUAACAAUCUUUGUCCUCAGCCAUUGUGCAGACUCCCCACCCCAACACUCCUUGUCCUCAGCCAUUGUGCAGACACCCCACCCCAACACUCCUUGUCCUCAGCCAUUGUGCUGACUCCCCACCCCAACACUCCUUGUCCUCAGCCAUUGUGUGUCGACUCCCCACCCCAACACUCCUUGUCCUCAGCCAUUGUGCCGAAUUUCGCUCCAACACUCCUUGUCCUCAGCCAUUGUGCCGACUCCCCAUCCUAA